CAACAUCUGCUCUGUUCUUGUUCUCCAGAGUUCGGAGCGUGUGAGGAGCUGUCAGGGGAAUCACCAGUAUUUUCAUUUCUACUUCUUCAGAUGUUGCUGCCCUGCUCUGUGCCUUUAGAAGUGUGACGCUCAUUGGUGCUGGGCACAGCCUGCUGCAGGACGGGCAGUAUCAUCACGCAGCCAAGAUGGUGGCAUUUAACUGGAAGGCUUUGGAGAAUUUCCCAUUGCUGAUGUACAUUUUGGCAGCUAAAACAUUGAUUCUUUGCUUAGCGUUUGCUGGAGUGAAAAUGUACCAGAGCAAAAAAAUUGAAGAAAAACUGAAGAGGCAACGUGAAGAGAAAUUGAAAACAGAAGCAGAGAAGAAGGAUGAUUGAAGAGUCUUUCAGGACCAAGGACACCUGGAAUUACAUGCAGGACAUGACCAAGACAGGCAGAUGUGUCUUUAAAAUCCUAUGGGUUGAAAUGAGCCAGGAACAGAAGAUUCAUCAUGCUACUGAAGUGCCUGGACAAGCCCAGAUGAGCUUCAGACUUGAAGCAUUUCCCAUGCACACUUUCCUCUGCAGCGUGCUGGCUUGUUUUCCAUGCUCUCACCCCCAUGGGAUAUAAGGUGGAUCAUGUCUUCAAGUGAUAUUUCCUGUUGAGCCAGGGCAACUUGCCUGCCUCAGAGGAAGUGGGAGGAAGGAAUGUCUGGAUCUAAGAUGAGUGACAGAGCAUUCAUCACGUGGCUGAGUCCUGCAAACAGACCACACUGGUCAUCGGGGACAAUGGGGUACUAAGGACCUCAACCCCAUGUGGUUUCUUGCACGUUAAGCCCUGUGACUUCCUCAAAAACAAUCUAGGUCAUGCCCUGACAGGCAUUUACUCCGGGAAUGAACCAUCCCCUGGACAGGGAUGCUGAGGGGUGCCCCUUCCCCAGCAACCCUGAUGGGGGUUGCUGUUGGCUGGAGGACCCCAAGGUGUCUCAGAGGCAGGCCUGGCUUGCCCACAAGGAUGGGGCACAAUGCCCAGGAGGCUGGCACGCUGCUGCAGCACUGACAGGAGACCUGCUCUGCGGGGAACUGGAGAAGCCAGCACCGGAGGAGAAAUAUGUUGAGUUUGCAGAGAGUUAGGCAAGAGUUGGGGAGGAUUUAUUAGAGUACUGAGCUAUGUUAUGUAGAAACCCCCUUCCUAGGUAGGACCCUGGUUGGGCAGGGUGAUAAUCUGCCGUGUCUGUCUCCCAGCUUCCUCUCAGUGGUGGCUGAGUCAUCUUGGCUUCCUAGAAGAGGCUGAGAAGGGGCACUCACUCGUGGAGCCUGAGGGUGAGGGCUGCAGGUAAUGGCCCCAGCACAAGGCAGUGCACAUUGCCUCUCGCGCGGGUCAGACCAUGUCAUGAAUGGCAUUGCCCAAGUUUCUGUGGCUGAGAAUGAGCCAGAGCUUUCAUUUUGUUGUUGCAAUAAUAUGCCUUGGGCUAGUCCUGGUUAUCUGGUGACCUGUUUCUCCCUCUCCACGCUCAAGUGUAGGUGUGAGAAAAAGCUCACCUGAAUCCUUGAGUAUUUUUGCAAAACACUAUUGCAGCCCUGAUUGUACCCUGGGACUAAGUGGGAACAGCAUGGUGCUGGCACAUCUGCUCAGGGGUCGCUGCUCUGUGCCCAUGCACUGCACCGCAGACACGUGGCUCACUCCUUCUUAACUGUUUUUUCCUACAGAUAUUCCUUUGGAUAUUCCCAAUACUCCUCAAUGAUAGGGGUGAACCCUGAAUAGCUACUUGCACAUUAAAUAUAUCAGAUGAAAGAAAAGAGCUUCUGCCUUCUCUGAGAUAUGCAGUGUGAGUCAGAUGGCAAAAAUAAUGUUAUUAGACAUUGUAUUGUGAGUGGUUCUGAUGAUAAAAGUCUCAGGCAAUUAAGUUUAGGCUCGUUGUUUCUUUCUUCCUUUUUUCUAGCUUUUCCAACAUUUAUUGGCUGGUCCUUCUAAAUGCAUUUAGCUAUCUCAGUACUCCAGUGUAGCAGACCUCCACAGCUUUUGUUGCUCUCCCACCAUUCUCAGACUCUCCCAUUGCCAGGAAAUUUAAUUUUCUAAUGCUGAGUACUGCUGUGACCCCACAUCACCAGGAGGCAGCCAGCGCUGCUGGGACCUGUCCCCUUGCAGCAGAAUGUGCUUCAGACACAGGCAUUGCCAAGCACUGCAGACUCAUCCAUGCUUCAUCACUUGAUUCAUUUCACGUGCGGGCUCUGGGCAGAUGUAACCGCUGCAGGAGUUGCUGGUCUCAGAGCCACAUCCAGGUUUUGCCGCUUGUGACUCACCUACUGACAGUAAAGUUCUGGAUAUUGCCUUUUAAUUGUACCUGUGAAGCAAAAAAGAUGCACAUUUAUUGUCGUCCAAGGUUCACGUUUUUGGCUCCUGUCCAAACACAUGGUAAUACGAUUUGAGUAGUAUCACCUCCAGGACAGCAGUACAAGCAAUUGCCACUCCCAUCCUGUGCUUCACAUCCUGUUUCCACCACAGGCUACGCAUUAAGGAGCUCUUGCUGAGGAAAAUAUCACCCUGGGACAACCUGAGCCAGCCUGCGGCGGUGGCUGCUGGCCUCUGGUGACACCAGAGGACAAGUGGUGGCCUCCCUGCAGAAGGAGGGAAGCUGGAGCGGGAAAACUGAGCACAGCGGGAUGCUGGAGACUGUCAUAAUCUGUGAUGAAUGAUGAAAAUAUCCAUGAUACUUCGCAAAGAUCUUUUCUUCUGCCGUAUUUGACUCCUGAUUGCAUUCAGCCAUCGGAGUAGGUGGAAGAGGAGGGCACAGAAAGGGCUAACACCAUUGGAAGAGAAGUCGUGUUUGCUGCCCUGUGGGUGCAGCCACCGGCAGAGAUGCAGCUGCGGCAGGGCCAUUACCCUUCAGGGUGCUACUUCUGAACCAUUGCCGUGAUGAGCUUGUCAGACAUUGACCUGGAGUUGGACAUUUCUAAAACCGUAGGCUGGGCAGCUAGAAACAGCUGUUGGGGAUCUGCCCAUAAUAUCCCAAAAAUGGAAGAAGGAGGUGUCAGCAGAGGAGGAGUACUUGUGUAGGACCAUGAUCUAGGGAGGCACCUGGUUAUGGCCACACAUGAUGGCAGUUUAACAGGUUGUCCCAUGUUGUCCCUGCCACUCUAAUUGCCUAUUUCCUCUUCCCCCUCUCCUGAAGAUUUCCAGAUAAAAUGUGUUAGCCUGAACCACCUGCACUGGGGUUUAACGUGUUUCCUCAGAGCAGGCCAGGAGCAUGCACCUGUGCAGCUGGCCACCGACUGGUACAUACUGGUCUGGUCCCUGCAGGAGGUGCGGGCUUGCCCUCCUCAUUGAAUGGAAACUGUAAUGUGGACUAAGAUAAAUACAUCAAGUUGCAACAUCCCUUUUCUCCUUUUCUAAAAUAUCACAAACUACUUAAUUCUCUGAAAGUCCCCAAAAGUGCCAACCACUCCUGUGGAUAAAUAAAGAGGAGAACCCAGGUACAGGGUAGCGCACUGCCUGUGUCAUUUCCCACUGAAGGAAGUUCGGGAGGGAAGAGGAAAUCUGACCGGAGCUGGAGGAAGGGAGCAAAAAACAGUGCUACCAGUGCAGCCAUGAUGUCCCUGGUACCCCAGGUCCUGGGUGUCUUAGCAGGUGAGCUGGGAAGCAGGCCCGGGAUUUUGGCAUGGCUGCUGGCCCCUGUGAGCAGCUACUGGAUGGAUUCAUUGUCAUUUAACUUGACCAACAAUUGCCUCUGCUGUUAUUGCAGUUAUGCCUUGGCCUCCACAUGCAGUGCCACAAAAUGCUGAACACACAAUAUGGUAAGGUAGUUUUCCUCUUUUUUUUACACUACCAGAUCAGAAGGUACCAGUUUAAAUCAUAUAACACUGUUCUUCAGACCAGACCAGAUCAUUUCCCUCACUGGCCUCACGCUGGAAUGUGGUGAUGCCCUAUACUAUAGGGUGAUGCCCUUUCCUUUGACCCUGGUGAGUCCAAAUCAGGGUGAGAUCCUGUUCCCACUGCUGUCAAUGACAGCACUGCCAUCAGUAGAGACAUUAUCAUUACCUGCUCAAGCCUAGCCAGGGGUGUCUCCAGGGUGAAGAGCUGCCCCACAUAGCCAGGGUGGACAAAGUCAUGUUCCCUUGGAGUGACAUGGGAAAUGAGAGAAAAAUAGGUCAUAAAUCUGAGCCGGGGUAGUCUGCCCUUGAGAUACCUGGUGGUAGCUUCAAAGAGCCUGUCAAUUUCUGUAUUUCAGUGACUUCUAUGAACAGAAAUGAGGAGCAAUAUGCAUAUAAAGUAAUCCAGAAAAGACUGUUUAAAAGGCACAUGUUGUAUUAAAUAUUUUGUUACAAAUAAAGAAGACCCUGUCCCUAU